UACGUAUCGCUCGCGCCACGAUGGAUUGUGUCUGUGUUGUGUGUUGAUAACUGUGUGCAGUGACGAUAGAUUUGUGAAAGCAUGAUGCCUCUCGCACCGACUCCAGUGGUGGCGGUGCCAUCGAAGCCGAAGAUAGGGUUCAGUAUAGACAGUAUAGUGGGUGACCGGCCGAAGCAGACCUCGCCGCCCCUGGCGAGCCCGGGCAGCCCGUCGCCGGUCGCGUCGCCUCGCAGUCCUUCCCCGCGGCCUUUGCUGCGACCGAGUGCUUUGCCAGCCGUUUUUCCUUCUCCGGAAUUGAAGAGGCUUCCGUACUUGGACGCUCAGAGCCACCACCACCAGUUCCUGGCGCAUUUUCAAGGCGCCGCGUUGGCUGCAGCGCUCGCCCAUCAGCAGCAAGGGUUCGGAGCCCCUCUGCCCCCGCACCCCCCGCCCCACCCCGCCGCUCCUGUACCUAGAGAAUCGUACCAGCUGUAUCCGUGGCUGAUUAAUAGGCAUGGAAGGAUAUUCCCACAUAGAUUUCCUGGAGGUCCAGACAUACCCGGUUUCCUCUUGCAACCGUUCAGAAAGCCCAAACGGAUCAGAACAGCGUUCUCCCCCUCUCAGCUACUCAAACUUGAGCACGCGUUUGAGAAAAACCACUAUGUCGUGGGAGCAGAGAGGAAGCAGUUAGCGCAAGCUUUGAGUUUGACAGAAACACAGGUGAAAGUAUGGUUCCAAAACAGAAGAACGAAACACAAAAGAAUGCAACAGGAGGAAGAGGCCAAGACUGGAAAGUCCAGUUCAUCCGGCAGCAAACCAGAUGACAAUCAUUUCAACAACUCGUAUGAAGAUGAAGACGAAGAACUAAUAGAUAUGGACAUGGACGAUCUUAGUGAAAGUGAAAAUGAAACGUAAAGUGACAGGACACUAAAGACUUGUACAUAAUAAUGUAAUUUAAACGUACCGUAGAUAAAACAAUUCUACUUAUUUAUUAAUCGAAGGAUUAUCGGUAAACUGUAAAGAAAGUAUUUUAUUGUAAGCGACACUGAUUUUCAGUACACUGUCAAACGGGCGAACCUAUUAAUUUUAAUUCAACUGAAACUCGAACGGUUAAUUAUUAGUAACAAUUUACUACCUGUCAUUUAAUCUCGAAGCGUGUCAUUAAAAUGAUACAAAAUGGCGUCGAAACGACCUCUUGUUAGCGCGUCAAGAAUUAUUAGAUAACAAAAUUGGCCGCAUUAAAAUAGUUUUGGGAUUAAAUUAAUUAAAAAUGCCUCCUUUGAUGCGUCCAGUGAUGUGGGUAUAAUUAGACAGUUUGAUUUUAAACGCUGAUAGCUGCAGUUGAAGAGAGAUGGUUAAUGUCAAAAUAGAUGGUAGAAAGAGAGAGCGACCAUAGACUAUAAAAAUAUAGAUGGUGGCGAUUAUUGUGCGUCGUUUGUGGGCCUAUUAUUAAGAGGUGCGUUCGGAAUCGGUAUCGACGUUUGGGAUCGCGUUCGGUAAUUGCUCGCGACGAAACAAAAUUGUUUAUAAACUGUUGAUUGUUCUGUUAGGCUAUUUGUCUACGCGCGUUCAGAAACUGAUUAGAAUCAAGGCUUUCACGCCGAUGCUAUUGUACGAUCAUUGUCCGAUUGUUUUAUUUAUCGUCGCGAUCGGACAAAUAAGGUUAUGCUUUGUUUGUUUCAGUCGUUCGAUUUGUUUUAAGGUACUUACAAGAAUCCAAGUCUCGUAUUUUGUCCCCAUUACAUACUGCAGGAAUGUUAACAUUCAAGUUAAAAGUCAAAUAAAGGGCAGUUAACCUCGUGAAUGGAAUUCUUAUCAUUUUACUGUUCACGGGUUAUUAGAGCUUGUGUUAUUGAAUUUAAUAUAAAUAGUGCUAUUAUGUAUAUUAUUAGUUAUGCAUUACCAAUAUAGUAUAAAUCGUUUUCCUGAUGCAUGGAUAUAUAACAUUCAUUUUUCCAUAGACAAAAUGGGAUUUUCCAUGGAAAAUUCGCGAACAUCUCGCAAAAACCACAAAAGUAGAGUAAAGUACUACAUAUUACAAUUAAUUAAAACGAAUGCCACACGCAAUGUAAUCGUAAAGGAUUGUUUUUUUAAUUGCGCCCGUGCUGGAAUGAAUCGUUUAAUUUGAACUUGCUUGAGCGUGGGACAGGCCUAUUGUUUGUACGG